GGUGGAGAGGAAGAGCUGCCGGAAGUAGGCGGCCGAGGUGGUGGCCGAGCAGGCGGCAGCUGCCAGGGAAACCGAGGCGCGGGACACACGGCCCGCAGACAGGCCGGCGAGGGGGUCGUCUCUGCGCGCCCCGUUUGCCAGAGCUGAAGGUCUCUAGUCCGGCAGCCUCCUUUGGACUCGAGCCUUUCCCUGAGCCCGCCAGGGGGCGCCGCACUGAGGGGCUGCAGAGUGGGGGGCGGGCGCGCCUGACGAGAGAAGGGGCGCCGGGCCUGGCCCGGGGGUGUGGGGAGGGCUUUCCCCCGCUCAGGAGGUGCCCCUGGGUGGGGGACCGGGAGUCCUCACCUCGCGACUGAGGCAGGGGUUUCUGGGGGCGGGGAGGGCGCGUCGCCCUCUGCCCCCGCCGGCACCCUGGCCAUGACGGGCAAGUCGGUGAAGGACGUGGAUCGGUACCAGGCGGUCCUGGCCAACCUGCUGCUGGAGGAGGAUAACAAGUUCUGUGCGGACUGCCAGUCCAAAGUUGUACUUCUCUUUGAGCAAGUGGACAGUUUAAGUAGAUACUAAUUUUGAAGAAGUUCUGUGUUGGCCCCUGGAAUGUGACAGUUCAGCUUACCACACUGAAAAGGUCACCUGCCUUUGGGCCCCUGCUACAUUAAUGGACUUGGUGGAACUAGGCCAGCGAAGGUUUUCAGUAGAGUGUGAGUAUGUUUCUUCUUAGGCUGUUAUUUUCUACAGGGGCCACAUGUAGAGGACUCUGAGUAAAGUUACCACCUAUAAAAAUUGCGUAGGUUUCAUUGUUUUUCUCUUUCCUCCAAAAAUUAAUUUCCUUUUGGCAGGUAUAAUUCACAGAUGUAAUUAAAAAGUAAUUUGGUUCUAAAAAGCGUAUCAGACUGCUUCCCAGAGUACCAGUUCUUUUCAGCCAGUUCAUUUCAAUUUAAGAGGUACAUCUAUGCAUUUUUGAAGCCUCAUGUUUAAUAAUUACAACAUUUUGCUACUGUAUUUGACUCUUCCAUUUUCCAAACUUUCUCCUUCCCUACCCCACUCUUCUGGCUCCUGUAUUUCCCCACAGGCUUUGUGGAUGCUGGUCCAUUGAUGGCUGAACUGCUGGUCCCUUCCCAGUGGAAAACCCCAGAGAUGAGCCAAAUCUGCCUUCAGCUGUGGCCAUCCAUCAGUGGCCACGAUGGGCCUCCUGGAACAUUGGUGUAUUCAUCUGCAUUCGAUGUGCUGGAAUCCACAGGAAUCUGGGGGUGCACAUAUCCAGGGUAAAAUCAGUUAACCUCGACCAGUGGACUCAAGAACAGAUUCAGUGCAUGCAAGAGAUGGGGAAUGGAAAGGCAAACCGACUUUAUGAAGCCUACCUUCCUGAGACUUUUCGGCGACCUCAAAUAGACCCAGCUGUCGAGGGAUUUAUUCGAGAUAAAUAUGAGAAGAAGAAAUACAUGGACCGAAGUUUGGACAUCAAUGCCUUUAGGAAAGAAAAAGAUGACAAGUGGAAAAGAGGAAGUGAACCAGCUCCAGAGAAAAAAAUGGAACCUGUUGUUUUUGAGAAAGUUAAAAUGCCACAGAAAAAAGAAGAUCCACAGCUACCUCGGAAAAGCUCCCCGAAAUCCUCAGCCCCUGUCAUGGAUUUGUUGGGCCUUGAUGCUCCUGUGUCCUGCUCCAUGGCAAACAGUAAGACUAGCAAUACCCUAGAGAAGGAUUUAGACCUUUUGGCUUCUGUUCCAUCCCCCUCUUCUUCAGUUUCCAGAAAGGUUGUAGGUUCCAUGCCAACUCCAGGGAGUGCUGGCUCUGUUCCUGAAAACCUGAACCUGUUUCCAGAGCCAGGGAGCAAAUCAGAAGAAACAGGCAAGAAACAACUCUCUAAAGACUCCAUCCUUUCGCUGUAUGGAUCCCAGACACCUCAAAUGCCUGCCCAAGCAAUGUUCAUGGCUCCAGCUCAGAUGGCGUAUCCCACAGCGUACCCCAGCUUCCCUGGGGUCACACCUCCUAACAGCAUAAUGGGGAGUAUGAUGCCCCCGCCAGUAGGCAUGGUAGCUCAGCCAGGAGCUUCUGGCAUGGUUGCCCCCAUGGCCAUGCCUGCAGGCUAUAUGGGUGGCAUGCAGGCUUCAAUGAUGGGUGUGCCAAAUGGAAUGAUGACCACCCAGCAGGCUGGCUACAUGGCAGGCAUGGCAGCUGUGCCGCAGACUAUGUAUGGGGUUCAGCCAGCUCAGCAGCUGCAGUGGAACCUUACUCAGAUGACCCAGCAGAUGGCUGGGAUGAACUUCUGUGGAGCCCAUGGCGUGCUGAGCUAUGGACAGUCGAUGAGCGGCGGAAAUGGACAGGCAGCAAAUCAGACUCUCAGCCCUCAGAUGUGGAAGUAAAAACAAAACACCUGUAUGGCUACCACUCUCAUCAACCCUCUCUCUCCCAGUUUUCCUCUUUCCCCAACUCCCCCAUCCCAUCCCCUUUUCCUACCUCUCUGUUUGGUUUAGAAAUUGCUCAAUCUGUUGUUUGGGGUUUGGCAUUCUGCCCAGCCCAGCCACUUCCUGGACACGCAGACCUCUCUGUUGCUCUAUGUUGUACGUGUCCCUUAGCCAUCCCGACUUCCUCUGCAGCCUCAACCCGUCCUCUCCUGGUACCAGCACCUUAGGAAUUGUUGGCAGAAGGCACUUAAACUGGGAGAAAGGUGCACACCUUUGAGUACCUUUCCCCUGAGGUUAAACCUCCUAUCAGACUCUCAGAAAGGUCUGGACGUGUUGUCUUUUAGGCAAAGGGGGGAGGGUUCAGAGGUACUUCUGUAUGUGUUGCUAAGCUAUUUCUACAUGUUUAAAUUUUUGGUUGAAGAGGGAGAUAUUGUGCUCCCAUAAUUUAUGGGAAUGAAGAAAGUACUGAAAUCAAAUUAAAUACUCCUUGGGUCUUAGAUCAGGUUGGCCCUAGCCCUGGGCUGAGGCAAACCCCCUCCUGUGAGAAUGAGCAAAAAUAUUACUCUACUUUGCCCUGAAAUGCUUUCUGGACCUGAGGCUUCAGGACUCAUGGCUUCAGUCAGCUUUUAUUAGCACCAAAGACUUUACAAAGGUCCUGCACAAGAACACACACCCUGCCCCACCUCCAUCCUACCUGCAGUGGGAUCUGGCUCUAUGGCUGGAGGACCAGCCCCUCCAGUGGGAAUGCACAGCUUAAUGUGUGUACUGCUUGUGUGUGUGUGUGUGUGUGUGUGUUUCACCUCCCACUCUUUCCCCAUCUGCUCUGGGUGUUUUGUUUUUGUUUUAGGUUUACACAGAGAGGAGUUAAUUUAUCAACAGCCUAAAACUGUUGCCAUUUUUUCAUAUGGUUAAAAAAAAAAUUGCAAUCUCAUGCAUAGCUCCCUCCCCCCCCCCC